AUGCAGCUGCAAAGCCUCAAGGCAUUAAGCGAGGCACGCAAGGACGCGCCGCACCAUAGAUGGUGUUGUCACGCAAAUGAUGCGUGGUACAAUGCCGUCCACGCCGAUGGCGCAGCCGGCGUCUCUGACGCACAAAUGACCGACGUGGAGGCUGCGCUGGAGGGAAUGCUUAACGACGCGUCACCGCUGUGUGCGGAGAUGCUGCAGUGCGUCCUGCGCCACGCUAACGUGACGCCCAAUCCUAACGACGCGGAGUUCCCCGGCCCGAUGUGCACGCCUCUCUGCAAGAAAGACACCGCUCGCCUGCGCCAGCAUGCGUACACGGUCACGGAAAAGAGCGACGGUAUUCGCGUAGUGGUGGUUUCCUUGUGGACGCCUCGUUUUCCCGCAUGGGUGGCGGACAGUGCAGCCGACGCUGUCUCGGCAUCGGUGAAUCUCUCGCAUCUCGCAAGUGUAUUGGCGCUGGAGCGCGCACGCCGUGCGCUGCGCCGGUAUGCCGGUCAGGGCGAAGACGCCGCCGUUCGCGCGACCAUCUCCCUUGGAGGGCGGAGCUGCACGCUCGAGCUGCUGUCCACUCUCGAGCCGUGCGAGUCAGAGUGUUUUACCCUGAGGGUGGCGACUGCCGCGGAUGACGCCUCGCCGUCCACAAUGGUGACGCUGCACCGCCACCGGCGGGGACGUCAUUUUGCCUACGCAGUGGACCGCUCACUAGACGCCGCUUACCUCUUCAUGGAUGAUCACACGACUCUCCAGUACCACACCUUUGUGCUGGAUGCGGAGCUCAUGUCGGUGCACCGGUCUGCAGCUGCCUCGCCUGCAGUGCCUCGCUUGGUACUUGGGGUAUUCGACCUCUUCGCUUACGCGGGAGCGGCCGACAAUGUCUUGGUCAACUUGGCAAAGCGCUCCAUGGUGGAGCGAUACGACGCGCUCAAGGCGGUGGUGCACACAUGCGCGUUGCCCGUCUCCACCGGCGAAUGCGGCUACGUAUCCUGGUACGUCAAGGACAUGUGGGCACUGGCUGACAUUGGUGCCUGUCUGGCAAAGCUUCGCUACAGCGCCGAGUCACAGUGCUUUCUGUACGACGGUCCUCACGGCCCGACGGAAAACGAUGGCCUCAUCUUCACCCCAGACGAGUUCCCUGUGGCUGUGGGCUCCAGCAGCUUGCAGCUAAAGUGGAAGUGGCAGCACCUUCUGUCCAUCGACUGGCUUCUCCAGGCGUCUGACAAGCAGCCGGACAUGUACACCGUGUCUCUGUUUUUCGUCAAGAAGAACUACGGUCAUCGCGAAGACGUGGCGGGACACUGGCGGCUGCGCAAGCCGAUGCACAUCCUGAACCCGCACGGCUUCGAAAUGCCGGUGGACGCGGCCAUCGUCGCCGAGUGCGCCUACGAUGAGGCAACGCAGCGGUGGUACAUCCAGCGUCUAAGACCGGACAAACUCGGCGCCAAUUCCAUCAUCACCGCCAUCUCGGUGUACGAGAGUCUCGUGGAGAACAUUUCCCUUCCCCACCUGCUCGAGCUACUGCAGGUGGACGCGGAGAAAGCGAAGGGUCAAGCCGACACCCUGGAGUCUGCGGCCCGCGCACGCGUCGGCACCGCGUCCAAGGCGCUCGAGACGGUCUCCAGCGCCUUGGACACGAUCGAGGCCGAGAAUUGCGUGACGGCCAAGUUGGCGCUGCGCGCCAUUCGCGAGAGUCGCGGAAACACAGAGCUUUACCUCAUCACCUACACAAACAACACAAACAAGACGGUCCUGUAUCCGCUGCCCUUUCCUCUUCGCAAGAUACGCGACUGCAUCGGGCUCGGUUAUCACCCCGGCAUCCGCGACGGCACACCCGUGCCGAGUCUCGAGGAGGCGCUUUACAUUCAACUCGCGAACGCUGGCGGGUGCUAUGCGUGGUCGGACUACGUUGUCGACGCCUUCUACGCCGGCGACAGUGGCUACUGGGAGAUCAUCCACGCCAACCCCCGAGGGAACAACAAGGAGGCCAUCUUCGACAACGUCAUCGAGCACCUUGACUGGCUCCUGCGACACCGCACGGCGCCGGAGACCGCGACUCUAUUGGAGCGGAAGAGAGACGCGCCGCUGGUGGUGAGUCGCCCGCACAGCUCCGAGGCAACUCAGCAGACGAGCAGGCACUACAGCACCGUCGCGAAGGAGCUGGCCAAUGAAGAGCGCAGUGACCUUCGCCGCUUCAACAACUGGGUGAAAUCUGUGCUGCUCACUACAAUGGCAGCGGCCAUCCGGCGCGCGCUCAAGCCUCCGGCAAAGCUACAUGUGUUGGAUCUCUGCUGCGGUCGUGGUGGCGACCUGCUCAAGUGGCAGCACAUCCACCCCGCCUUUCUCUUCAUGACAGACGCCUCGGUCGAGUGCGUUGCGGAGGCGGCCGCCCGCUACAGCACAUCCGAAGGGCAGAGUGUGAAAGUAGCCAAGGGAAAGCAGAAGGGGUUCCCGGCAUUCUUCGCCGUGCACGACGCCUUCCACGCGGCCUCCGGACUGCGCGAGGACCUGUUGAAGCGGGGGCCAUUCCAGCUCGCUUCGUGCCAGUUCUCGAUGCACUACGGGUGUCGGUCGCAGGAGAGCAUGCGGUACUUUGUCAAGGCCAUCGCAGACUCGUUGGUGCCGCACGGCCGCUUUGUCGGCACCACCGUGAGCGAUGUAGAGCUCCUUUACCGCGCCAAGGAGCACGGCGCCGAAUUCGGCAACGACGUGUACGGUGUGCGCUUCGGCGCUGAAGCGUUUGCGCAGCUGCAGUCCGCAAACUUUGAGCCUGCCGCGCUGUCUUUUGGGGUACCGUACGCCGCGACGGUAGAACGCAGCGUGCAGGACAUGACGGAGUACGUGGUGCCGUGGGACGCCUUCGUAGCACUCUGCGCGGAGCACCAGCUCAAGCUCGUGCUUGAGGACAACUUCAUCCACUACUAUGGCCAGCACAAGGACACAGAGGCUGGCAAAGCGAUGACGCUGGAGCAGCGCCGCAAACGCCACAACGACGGCGACGUCGUAGACUGCCCCCUCUCGCCUAGCGAGCAAGCCGCGGUGGGACUCUAUCGGCUAUUUGUCUUUGAAAAGACAAAGGCGAAACAGAGCAGCUGCGGGACAGCAGAGAGAUAA